AUGGCCAUCAAAGUGCCCCCUGGCCAGUCGCCGCCUUUCGAGACUAUAGACAACAAGCAUCAUGGCGGUAUCAUUAUUGUCACCGCUGCUAUAUGCCUGAUGAUCUCGCUGGUCUGUCUGCUCAUACGGGUGUAUGUGCGGAUAUUCCUCAAUCCACCAUGGGGCUCCGAUGAUAUCAUCCUGAUGGGUGCGACGUCCCUCCUCGCCGCCGAUAUACUGUAUCUCUUAACUCUAUAUCUCUCGAAAUGCUGCGUGGUCGCCAUCUACUUGCGCCUGACGCCCCGCAGACGUGACAAGAACAUCCUCUGGGCGGCCUUUGGGCUCAUCACAGUGUGGCUUAUCAUGUCUGUGCUAGUGAUUGCAGUGAACUGUGAGGGAAACAAACCGUGGGUUGUACCUGGCGAGCAGUGCUAUAACCUGUUUUCCCGCUGGCAAGCAACCACCGCUCUUGACAUCUCGACUGAAAUUUUACUAUUCACCUUUUGUAUUGCCCUAGUUUGGGGUCUGCAGAUGCACAUGUCACAUAAAAUCGUGAUCUUGGUAUGCUUCGCGGCGAGACUACCAUUAAUUAUAUUUUCCGCGCUCCACCUCUCCGCCCUCAAAGAAUACGUAACUACAGAAAACCCCACCUUCAGCGCAGUCCGCCACACGGUCUUUACCCAGGUCCACCUCAACUACGCCCUGAUAGCAUGCACAGCCUUCUGCCUGCGCCCCUUCAUGAACGCCCUCACAACUCACUACGGCACAGCCGGCGACUCUAACCUCGGCAGUAGCAGCGGCUACAGCUACGGGUAUGGGUCCAGAGGACGGGGGAAUACAGACCCUUACACAUCGGGGCGGUCGCGGGAUUACGAGAUGGCGGCUGUCAAGGGACGCCCUGGGAGACGGACGAGUGGUAUGUUCAAGGAGAGGCCAGAUGUGUGUGAUGGGGCGGAGAAUGGGACUGUUGUUUGUGAGGCUGCGGGGCCGGCGCAUUCGAGGGAAACGAGGUCCGAAGGGGAUAGGGGUAGCAUGCGCAGUGGGAGCGAUGGGAGUACGAAAAUGAUCAUUCGGAAGGAUGUGGAGUAUUCUGUUUCUGUGCAUCCAUAA